CAGUUAUUUUAUAAUAUCUUUUUUUUGUUCCAUGCAGGCAUUCUUACACCGAAUGAACCAGUGUGCAGCAUCAAAAGUUGACAAAAAUGUCACAGAGGAAACAGUGAAGAUUCUGUUCUCAAACAUUGAGGAUAUCCUUGCGGUACAUAAGGAAUUCUUAAAAGUGGUGGAAGAAUGCUUACAUCCUGAACCUAACGCUCAGCAAGAAGUGGGAACCUGCUUUCUUCACUUCAAAGACAAGUUUCGUAUCUAUGAUGAAUAUUGUAGUAACCAUGAGAAGGCACAAAAAUUGCUUCUUGAACUUAACAAAAUUAGAACAAUCCGGACAUUUCUUUUGAACUGCAUGCUCCUUUCAGGACGCAAGAACACAGAUGUGCCCCUGGAAGGGUAUUUAGUAACACCGAUACAAAGAAUAUGCAAAUACCCUCUCAUCUUGAAGGAGUUGCUGAAGCGGACUCCAAGGAAACACAGUGACUACGCAGCAGUGAUGGAAGCCCUCCAAGCCAUGAAAGCCGUCUGUUCCAACAUCAACGAGGCCAAGAGACAGAUGGAGAAGUUAGAAGUGCUGGAGGAAUGGCAGUCUCACAUUGAAGGCUGGGAGGGGUCCAACAUUACUGAUACCUGCACUGAAAUGCUAAUGUGUGGAGUCUUACUGAAAAUUUCUUCUGGAAAUAUUCAAGAACGAGUGUUUUUUCUUUUUGAUAAUCUUUUGGUGUAUUGCAAAAGAAAACACAGACGGUUGAAGAACAGCAAGACGUCUGCAGAUGGACAUCGGUACCUUUUCCGUGGCCGGAUCAAUACAGAGGUGAUGGAAGUGGAGAAUGUGGACGAUGGCACAGCUGACUUCCAUAGCAGUGGACACAUUGUGGUUAAUGGAUGGAAGAUACAUAACACAGCAAAAAAUAAAUGGUUUGUGUGUAUGGCAAAAACACCUGAAGAGAAACACGAGUGGUUAGAAGCAAUUUUGAAAGAAAGAGAAAGACGAAAAAGUUUAAAAUUGGGAAUGGAGCAGGACACCUGGGUAAUGAUCUCCGAACAGGGUGAGAAACUCUAUAAAAUGAUGUGCAAACAAGGAAAUCUGAUCAAAGACAGAAAAAGAAAGCUGACUACAUUCCCUAAAUGCUUCCUUGGAAGUGAAUUUGUGUCAUGGCUGUUGGAAAUCGGAGAGAUUCACAGGCCUGAAGAAGGUGUUCAUUUGGGACAAGCUUUAUUAGAAAAUGGAAUUAUACACCAUGUUACUGAUAAACAUCAAUUCAAACCAGAACAGAUGUUAUAUAGAUUUCGCUAUGAUGACGGAACAUUUUAUCCAAGAAAUGAGAUGCAGGAUGUGAUUUCAAAGGGUGUAAGAUUAUAUUGCCGUCUUCAUAGUUUAUUUACUCCAGUGAUAAGAGAUAAAGAUUACCAUUUAAGGACCUAUAAAUCUGUAGUCAUGGCCAACAAACUGAUAGACUGGUUAAUUGCACAGGGGGAUUGCCGCACCAGAGAAGAGGCCAUGAUAUUUGGGGUUGGACUCUGUGACAAUGGAUUUAUGCACCAUGUCCUUGAAAAAAGUGAAUUCAAAGAUGAACCUCUACUUUUCCGUUUUUUUGCGGAUGAGGAAAUGGAAGGAUCCAAUAUGAAACAUCGACUUAUGAAACAUGAUUUAAAAGUUGUGGAAAAUGUUAUAGCUAAAUCAUUAUUGAUUAAAUCCAAUGAAGGAAGCUAUGGUUUUGGGUUAGAAGACAAAAAUAAAGUUCCAAUAAUUAAGUUGGUAGAAAAGGGGUCUAAUGCUGAGAUGGCUGGCAUGGAAGUUGGAAAAAAGAUUUUUGCUAUUAAUGGUGACCUAGUUUUUAUGAGGCCUUUCAAUGAAGUGGAUUGCUUCCUGAAAUCAUGCUUAAACAGCAGAAAACCUCUAAGAGUUCUUGUGAGCACAAAGCCAAGGGAGACCGUGAAAAUCCCAGAUUCAGCUGAGGGGCUUGGAUUCCAGAUCCGCGGCUACGGCCCAUCCGUUGUGCAUGCGGUAGGAAGAGGAACUGUGGCUGCAGCAGCCGGUCUUCACCCUGGACAGUGUAUUAUCAAAGUCAAUGGGAUCAAUGUCAGCAAAGAGACACAUGCCAGCGUUAUUGCACAUGUCACAGCCUGCAGGAAGUACAGGAGACCAACGAAGCAAGAUUCCAUACAGUGGGUUUAUAACAGCCUUGAGAGCGCUCAAGAAGACCUUCAAAAGUCUAACGCCAAACCCCCUGGAGAUGAAGGAGGGGAUGCUUUUGACUGCAAAGUAGAAGAGGUAAUUGACAAGUUCAACACCAUGGCCAUCCUCGACGGGAAGAAGGAGCACGUGAGCCUGACGGUGGAUAACGUGCACCUGGAGUACGGGGUCGUGUACGAGUACGAUAGCACCGCCGGGGUCAAGUGCAACGUGGUCGAGAAGAUGAUCGAGCCCAAAGGCUUCUUCAGCCUCACUGCCAAGAUUCUUGAAGCCCUGGCUAAAAGUGAUGAUCAUUUUGUACAAAACUGCACCAGCCUUAACUCUUUGAAUGAAGUGAUUCCUACUGAACUUCAGAGUAAAUUCAGUGCCAUUUGCAGUGAAAAAGUUGAGCACAUAUGUCAGAGAAUAUCCAGUUACAAAAAGUUUUCUCGUGUACUAAAGAAUAGAGCCUGGCCCACCUUUAAACAAGCCAAAUCUAAGCUAUCUCCACUGCACAGCAGUGAUUUCUGCCCUACCAACUGCCAUGUCAAUGUGAUGGAAGUGUCUUAUCCCAAAACGUCGACCUCCCUGGGGAGUGCAUUUGGUGUUCAGUUGGAUAGUAGGAAGCAUAAUUCUCACGAUAAAGAAAACAAAUCUGAACAAGGGAAACUGAGCCCUAUGGUGUACAUUCAGCACACAAUCACAACCAUGGCGGCGCCUUCAGGCCUGUCUCUGGCCCAGCAGGACGGGCAUGGACUCCGGUAUUUGUUAAAAGAAGAAGACUUAGAGACCCAAGACAUCUACCAGAAGCUGCUGGGCAAACUCCAGACUGCACUGAAAGAGGUGGAGAUGUGUGUUUGUCAAAUAGAUGACCUUCUGUCUUCGAUAAUGUAUUCUCCUAAGUUAGAACGGAAGACGUCCGAGUGCAUAGUCCCAACAGACAGUGACAACGAGAAGGCGGAAAGAAACAGCAAACGGGUCUGUUUCAAUGUGGCAGGAGAUGAGCAGGAAGAUUCGGGCCAUGACACCAUCAGCAACAGAGACUCUUACAGCGACUGCAACAGCAACAGGAAUUCCAUCGCCUCCUUCACGAGCAUUUGCAGCAGCCAGUGCAGCUCAUAUUUUCACAGUGAUGAAAUGGACUCAGGUGAUGAACUUCCACUAAGUGUUCGCAUUUCUCAUGAAAAACAGGAUAAGAUACAUAGUUGCCUUGAGCAUCUUUUCAGCCAGGUGGAUUCAAUUACCAAUCUCCUAAAAGGGCAAGCUGUGGUCAGAGCCUUUGAGCAAACCAAGUACUUCACCCCAGGUCGAGGAUUACAGGAAUUUCAGCAGGAAAUGGAACCAAAGCUGAGUUGUCCAAAAAGGUUAAGACUCCACAUCAAGCAAGAUCCUUGGAAUCUUCCCAGCAGUGUCCGGAGUCUUGCUCAGAACAUCAGAAAGUUUGUUGAAGAGGUAAAGUGUAGGAUACUUCUGGCACUUCUUGAAUAUUCAGACAGUGAGCCACAGCUCCGAAGAGACAUGGUUUUCUGCCAGAGUCUCGUGGCCACAGUCUGCGCCUUCUCUGAGCAGCUCCUGGCAGCCUUAAACCAGAUGUUUGACAACAGCAAGGAGAAUGAGAUGGAGACGUGGGAGGCCAGCAGGAGGUGGCUGGACCAGAUCGCCAACGCAGGUGUCCUUUUCCACUUCCAGUCGCUCCUGUCGCCAAACUUGACAGAUGAACAGGCCAUGCUAGAAGAUACACUGGUUGCACUAUUUGAUCUGGAAAAGGUUUCUUUUUACUUUAAACCAUCAGAAGAGGAACCACUGGUUGCAAAUGUUCCCCUUACAUACCAGGUGGAAGGAAGCCGGCAGGCCCUGAAAGUUUACUUCUACAUUGAUAGUUAUCAUUUUGAACAACUGCCCCAACGGUUGAAAAACGGAGGAGGGUUCAGAAUUCAUCCCGUUCUCUUUGCACAAGCACUGGAGAGCAUGGAAGGAUAUUACUAUAGAGACAAUGUUUCCGUGGAAGAAUUUCAAGCCCAAAUAAAUGCAGCCUCAUUGGAAAAGGUCAAACAGUACAACCAGAGGCUCAGAGCAUUCUACUUGGACAAGUCAAAUUCACCACCCAACUCUACAUCCAAGGCUGCCUAUGUUGAUAAGCUCCUGAGGCCUCUCAAUGCCUUGGAUGAGCUUUACCGGCUGGUAGCCUCGUUUAUCAGGUCCAAGCGAACCGCCGCCUGUGCAAACACAGCGUGCAGCGCCUCAGGCGUGGGCCUGCUGUCGGUGUCCUCGGAGCUGUGCAGCAGGUUGGGCGCCUGCCAUGUCAUCAUGUGCAACAGCGGCGUGCACCGGUGCACCCUGAGCGUGACGGUGGAGCAGGCCAUCAUCCUGGCCAGGAGCCACGGGCUGCCCCCGCGCUACAUCAUGCAGGCCACAGACGUGAUGCGGAAGCAGGGAGCAAGAGUCCAGAACACAGCAAAGAACUUGGGAGUCAGAGACCGGACCCCGCAGUCUGCUCCCAGGCUGUACAAGCUGUGCGAGCCGCCUCCCCCAGUUGGAGAAGCAUGAAGAGAACCUCCAGGAACCAGGCGAGCAGAGCUCCUGAGCCUUGGACUAGACAAAGGACAGCCUGGCUAAACAUUCUCCACCCGAUGAAAAAAUGAUUUUUCCUUCUCUCAGAAUCUUUCACCAUGGCAUAAUAACUAAUGAUCAGCUCGUACUUAGAUAUUUGUGCUGGGAAUGGAUAGACCUGCAUUCAGACAACUCAGUUUCACAAACUAAUCCCUCUAUGUAUUGACAUGAACUAUUCAUUUUUAGGGUAAAAGUCAUCCCUGGAAAUUACAGGAAAAAUGUCAGAGAAAAAAAUUAACCAUCGUGCCUCAUCUCUCAUUUCUCAAAAUUACUUCAUUGUGUUUGGUUUCAUCUUCUCCGAAUGGGAACACAUAAUAAUGGAUCUUUCCAUUGGAAGAUGUCUGUCACUGAAGACAUGUGGCCACAUUUUUUCAACUGUGCAGAAAUGUUACAGAAAACAGACUGGUGACCUAAUUCCCAGUCCAUCAUGUGCAUCAGAGGAAGUAGUUUCUGGGUGAAAGGUGAAGAACAUGCUUUCCUCUUUCAAGGGGUGUUUUGGACAGUAGAGAAGAAGAGAGCCAUUGAGGCCUCCAGCAAGACCUUCUUCCAGCUGCUUUCAGGUGUUCUUCGUGUUCUUGGACACUUCCAAUGGCCGGUGCUGUCCUGGGUCUCUGAAGGGGGCAUGGCUUCCUUGGGCCAUGUGUGCUGGUGCUGUUAGAUGUGGCCAGGGCUGGGAAGAGGCAGGGAUUGGGGAGGUAGAAAGGAAGACUAGGGUCAAGGAGGAAAAAAAUAAGUCUAUUUAAAAACUUAACCUUUAACUUAGAGAAAUACCAAAAGCUCUUAAAUUUAUUAAGGCUUUCAUAUAAGAUGUCAGACUCUCAAGAGAAUACACCAUGUCCAGUAUUCUUCUAUCAAGGUGUAUGUAUAAGGUUGAAAAUAAAGCUUUAUUUGUUUAACAUUGAAAGGUCUAUUUGAGACCUUGAUAAUCUAUGGAAGCACAAGGCGUAUUUUGUGCUCAAUGUUUUCAUUUUAACAUUGAUAAAAUAACAUUGUUUUUAGCAUAGUGAAUACAGUAAUAUUGAAUUUAAGUUCACAAUUUUCAAAAUAAUUAAAAUGCCUUUAUUGUGAUUGCUAUAAUUUUAUGACUUUAGACUAAUAUAGUAUGUGAAAUGCUUUUCAUAACUAAAGUAUAUACAAACCAUUAUUAAAUUUUAAUUUAUAAAAUUUGUUCAUGGUUUUCAAGCUAUCAUUAAAAACCUUUAUCACUAGCAGUUGUGUAUUAAGUAACAAAAAUACUGUGUUUACAUAUGUAUGAGAUAGUCAUGUACUGGUCAAAGUAAUAAUUAUUGUUAUUUGACACAGAAGUUCUUAAGACUUUUGCAGUAAGUUUGUAGUUAUGAUGAAAAAUAAAGAAACUAAUAUCAGAGUUUUUGAAGAAAAAGUUGAACACUUUGAAUGUAAUAAAGAGAUGACCUUAACAUAAAUAUCUAUAUUAAGUAUAGUCUUAACUUUUAGGGGUUUAACAUUCUCAAUACUAUCAGCAAGUGAUCCUAAAGGUCCAUGAUACUGGCAAAUUGUGAUUUUUCCCAGACUGAAAAUUUGAGUAUGUUCUUUGUAGGGCUAAUGAGUGAGCAAAACUGAUUAACUAGCAGGUACUUUUCAUAUUGUCAUUAGUGUUUACUAAUCACUAUCCUGGAAGCAGUAAUCGCUUAGGGGGAUGAAAGGGUCAUUUAAACAUUCCAGUCACACUUCGUUAUAUUUCAUGGGGGAAAUUAUCCACUGUUGUGGUAUGUAUAAGUUAGCAUCUUUUUAAGGACUUACAUUCUUUGUAAUAUAAUGUUUUUAGUACUAUUUUAAGGGUUAAACAUAGUGUAAGGAUACCAUCAACUUUAAUAAGUGCUUGGCAUUUAUUAAAUGCUCCAAAGUUAAUAAUGCUUUAUAUUAUCAUCAGUCAUUGUUAUUUUUUAUUAUAUUAAAAUUGUAGAUAACAGUUAAGUAAUGACUAUGUGCCAACCACGUAGUAAUUACUACGUCCAGGUGCUUUGCCCAUACUUUUGUUACUGCUUCACUAAUCCUCCUGAUGCUGACUCGAGGUGAUACUCUUUUCAUAACCCACUUUUUACAGUUGAGGAAUCGAAGCAGAGAUUGGCCAGUGACUGGCCCAGGACUACAUGACUGACAAGUGACAGAACCAGGAUCUGAACCCAGGAAGCCUGCCUUCUUAAUGCAUUACGCUUCUUAUUACCACCAGAACUGUUGUAAUGUUACCAAUUAUUUGUUAGUAAAGUAGGAGUUAUGUGGAGUGUGUUGUCAUUCAAUUAUACAUGUUAUAUUGAGAGAAAAACUGAAUGGAAAUAUGUAAAAUGCCUUUAACAUGUAAAAAUCUUAGGAUUGCCGGGACUUUUACCAUUCUGAAUACACAUCACAUUUUCAGGUAACCCAAUGCUGUUGCAGUUUGAAAAAACUAGGUAUAUUUUUAAAGUCUGGAAUAGUACAUCAUAUAAAAUUUGACUAUGGUUCCAAAGCAGUGGUAACAGUAAAAAAUGUCUAAUGAAUGAAUAAAAACAAUUUUUCAAUGCUAUGGUAUACCUCUGAGUGACAGUGGACAGUUAACUGGCCUUGAGUUUUUAGAACAGGUUUACAUAAAUGCUCAUAUACUCCUCUGUGACUAGUGUACCUUUAAGCGUUGCUAACACCUGCCAACAAGUCUUCCAAGUUCUGGGUUUGGACAUCUGCCUCUCACCACCUAAAAAGGGAGGCCAUGCAUAGAAAAUAUGCUUCUUAACUGGGGACCAGAUUCAAAAGUGCGUGUUAACUAGUAACUCCCAGUCAAUACACCUUAAAUAUUUUAUCUUACAAAGAUUUCUAAUUUCACGCAUUACAAAAUUUAAUAUAAUAUUAGAAGUAUGAGCAAUUUUAGGAGACUAGAAUUUUACAUAUAUUCCCGCUACUAUUUAACAAGGGAAAAAGAAUUGGAAGAAAGGAAACUUUUGUACUAUUUUGCCUUAUAUUGUAGCAUAGCGGUCCCUCGGUUUUCGGAUGCAAUCCGUUCCGGAGACUGUUCGGGUUCUGAAACGUUCGGAAACCGAGGGAUCACCAGCCGACAGCUGGGCUUCAGGAUCUUGCCUUCAGCGGAAGCCUCGUGACGUGUUCGACUUCCGAGGCCUGUUCGAAAACCGAAGCAUUUCCUGCCGGUUGACGGCGUUCAUAAACCGAAGUGGUCAUCAAUGGAGAUGUUCGAAAACCGAGGCACCACUGUGUAUGUAAUGAUGACUUUAAAGUAUAAACUUGAUUGUGUGAGCCAGUAUCCCAGUCUUAGAAGUUUCAUACUAUUUUCUGUCUCUUUAAAUAACAUUAUUCUAGUGGCUUAGAUUUAGUGACCGCUUUUCUUCAGCAACAAAGUUCAAUUUAAAAUUACUUUAAAUUCUUGAUACUAUAAUAUGUAGUUGACCCUUGAACAGCACAGGCUUUUACUGCAUAGGUCUACUGACACAUGGAUUUUUUUUCAGUAAGUGAGUAUAGUGCUGUAAAUGUAUGUUUUCUUCCUUAUGACUUUCUUAAUAACAUUUUAUUUUCUCUAGCCUACUUUAUUGUAAAUACAGUAUAUGAUACAUAUAACAUACAAAGUGUGCAUUAAUAAACUGUUUAUGUUCUCAGUAAGGCUAUUAAUAGUUAAAUUUGGGGAGAGUCAAAAGUUAUAUGGGGAUUUUUGACUGGGAGGUGAAGGAGGUAUCUGCAUUCCUAUAGCCCCCCCCAAUGUUGUUAAAGGGUCAAUGUAUAUGAUAUUAUAAUGACAUUGGUUCUAACUCUAUACAUUUAAAUUUUGUAGUAAAUUUAGAAUGAAAUAAAAUUGACCUUGGCACUAACUGUAAAAACCAAGAAAAUGGAUGGGUAAAUAAAUCCUGAGGGGCAUGUUAGCUAAUUUAAGAAAACAAACUACUUUCCACCCUUUGGGCACAUAGGAAAAAUAAUAUUUAUUGACAUGGAAGCAUUCAGUUGAGGGUUAGUUACUCCAUCUAUUUGAAAAUAAUAUAUUGGUACUUAUAAUACUAAAGUGUUCUCCCAUUAGUUCAUGUAGGUCUUUCACUAUAUAGCAGAUUCUAGCACAUAUAUUUAUUCACUUGUGUUUUUGAAAAAACAAUAUUGGAAUUUAAAAUAAAUAACCUUAUUUCAAGUCAUCUUACUUUACAUUUUACUUAAGGUCAUUUUUUAGAAUUUCUUCAGUAAUGGUGUUUACUAAUACUGAAACUAACCUUUAGUAUGUGACUAAAUUGUUUCUGAACUUUUGUAAACUGUUUAACUUUUAGAGACAUAUUUUUAAGUGAAUUAUUGUACUAAAUUAUAGUUUAAUUACUUUCUCAAAGCCAUAGUAGUUAUUUCAGUUACAUGUAAAUAUAUUAACCAGUUUUCUGAAUGGUUAGUUGUUCUGCUUAAGUAUAAAGGCAAAAGCUUUUGAAAUGAUUUAGGAUGAUCUGAAUUUGAUUAAGAAAAAUAUUCUGUACCCUACCAAGCUUUUUGGGUUUUAGUGAUGAGCCUCAGAAAAUUUCACCCUGCAUGAAGCUGAAGUGGUCAGGAAAAGUUGCAAAGGAAGCCUGGACCAAGAAUGGGCUCAGGCUGAUUCCUUCAGUAUAGUGGCCACAGUCUUAGGUGCUGCAGUUCCAUAACUGUUGUUAGACUUUGGUUUUAGAAAAAUUUUACUGCUUCAAAGCUGCCUUGAACAGUGAUCUCAGCAUUCGUAUUGCCAAGUUGCACAUGCGUGGAAGACCUUUCAGUAUGGCCUGUGCGUCCUCUAGCUUGUUACAUAGACACGUGGCUUCCUUCACUCUUGGCCUCACUCACUGAGAAGAGACCCCUGAAGUCUACUAAAAUAGAGAUAUAUAUCUUUAUAUUUACUACUUUUUUUAUAACACAUUAUAAAAAUGAGAUUCUUAUAUCUGUUUUGUAUGAAGAUUGAUAUAUAGAGUUGUUCAAUAUAUUGAAUGUCUGUUUUGUAGACAUCAGAGCUGUCUCCGUAUACAGUAAGCACACCUGAUAGAGCUUUUUUUGAUUCCUAACAUUAGUUUGCUACUCAAUUUGGAAUCAAUUUACCUAACUUUGUUAUCCAGAAGAAAUACCGAUUAAAUAAAAGUGUUGAGUUUUUAAAUGAGAUUUCUACUAGAAAUAGAAAUCUUUGGAUAGUUAAAUUUGGGUGCAAAUAAGUGAAUAAAUGCCAUCCACUUGUGUAUUCACUCAACAAAUGUUCACUGUGUAGCAAGGCACAGCCCGUGGCCUCAUUUAUAUAUUGGAUAUGUUGAUUGCCUGUGUCUUUUACUUGAAAUAACAUUAUUUGUAUUGCAAACCUAUUCUAAUAUCAUGGAGGUAUAUAUACUGUAUUAAGUCAAGAACACUAAGUUGAUAAAAUGCUUUAGAAAACAUGCAUUUAAAUUUGAAUACCUAAUGCUUCAAGCAAAUUUAUUAGAGUUUCAGGUGAAUAUAUAUUUUUGUUACUGCCAAGUAAACGAGUAGAAAAUAGCUUUUACUUAAAAAAUAUUUUUGUAAGUAUUCAUUUACACAGUAUUCAUUAUUUUAAAUAGUAAAAUUAGUUCUAAAAUAGUAAUUCUUUUGAAUAUAUCCAUAUUUAACAUUGUAUAACAUCCAAUGUAUAAUGGCAAAUUUCAUCUGAAGGUGUUAUUAAAAUAGUCUAUUCUUUACUUUGUAAAAUAUACUUGUAACAUAGGUUCAAUCACUCAGCAUUUUGUGUAUGUUAAAAUGAUCAAAGUGUGUUAUGUAUUUUAUAUCAUUUAUUUUUGUUUACAUAAAAGACUAGAAUAGUAACAUUGUAUCAUAAAUGUCAAUAACAAUAAAGUAUAAUGUAGUAUGACCAUG